AUGGCUUUCUGUGGCAGAUUGGGGAUGGUAAAUCUAUCGACAUUCGCAGGGAUCACUGAGGGGAAGGAAGACAUGGCCAUGGUGGUUUGGGAAAGAGCGCAGGCUCUUAGCAAAGAUUUCCGUAUUUUUAAUUUUGCAGCACCCCCUGUUAUCCCUUUAACCCCGGUAUGUAAAGGGUGGACUAUACCUCCAGCUGGUGUUAUUAAGAUUAACGUCGACGCGGCGGUUGUGGAUGGGAAAUCUGGGUACGGGGCCAUUUCCAGAGACCAUGAUGGCUUUGUGGUCGGGGGUAGCUAUAGUUUUACGGAUAAAAUUCAAGACGUUAAAUGGGCGAAAUUUGACGCUUUUGUGGAAGGUUUAAAUCUGGCUUUAAAGCUGAAGGUGGAUAAGCUCAUAUUGGAAUCUGACAGUGCGUCUCUUGUCAACGCGGUUAAUAAGAGGGACCAAGACAUUACCAUUUUGGGCUGCUAUGUUAAUAAAGCUUGUAAAAAGCUUAACGAAUUUAAUUUGGUCCAAGCGAUUAAGGAUAAGUGUUGA